AUGACUAUCGUCCACCGCCUGGAUGAGGUUGCCUUGCGCUAUCCGGACCGUGUCGCAUUGAAGAACCACGAUGGGAGCUCCUUGACUUAUAAAGAAGUCCAGUGUCGGAUCGAUGUUAUCGCCAACGAACUCCUACGCAAUGGAGCUGGCUCAAGCACCCGUGUUGGGGUUUUCCAGUCCGCAAGUGCAGACUGGAUAUGUUCCCUCAUGGCCAUCUUGCGUGUCGGUGGUGCUUACGUUCCAUUGGACAAGAAGGUGGGGAUGGACAGACUCGCGAAGAUCAUGAAAGAAACACAAGCACCGAUGGUAUUGGUUGAUACACACUCUAUGUCUGACUACGCGCUCUUGCACACCACGGCGAAACCCAUCGACGUACAUAGUCUAGACGGCUCUACUGCAUGCGCCGUCCGAAAUAUGGCUGUCCCAAGCCAGACAGCCGUGAUUAUGUAUACCAGUGGAUCAACUGGUGUCCCAAAGGGCAUUAUGAUUGCUCAUUCAGCAUAUGUUCACCACGUCCAGUCAUCCAGUGUAGUGUGGAGACUGAAGCAGGGAAAUGAGACUAUCCUGCAUCAAUCAUCCUAUGCGUGGGAUGCGUCUUUGUGGCAGAUCAUGGUCUCCAUAUGCUCUGGCGCGACCCUUGUGAUAGCAUCUGAUCUAACACGAGGCGAUCCCGUUGCUCUCACACGACUCAUCGCGUCGGAGAAUGUGACUUACACCCUUGCGACGCCCACAGAAUAUCUAGCUUGGCUACGUCAUGGUCGCUCCCACUUGAGUAACUCUCGCUUGUCGACCGCGGUGUGUGGUGGUGAAUUCAUGUCAAGUGGCCUGAUCAACGAGAUCAAGAAUCUUCAUCGACCGGACCUCAAACUGAUCAAUGCUUAUGGGCCGGCGGAGAUCAGCUUUGCAUGCUCGGGCAGUGAAGUUCCGUACAAGCUGGAUUGUACAUCCACAUCCCUUUAUACUCUACCAAACUACUCUGUUUACGUUGUCGAUGAAAACCUGAACCCUGUUCCCAUCGGAGUCCCUGGUGAAGUGGUCGUUGGUGGCGCAGGAGUUGCCCAGGGCUAUCUUGACGGCACCAAAACAACUGAACGAUUUUCAAAUGAUCGAUACGCGAGCAACUUUUUCCAGGAGAAGAACUGGACUACAAUCCACCGCACUGGGGAUCGCGGAAAGCUCAAUCGCGAUGGUGGUCUUAUUCUCCUCGGGCGCAUGGACGGGGAUAACCAAAUCAAAUUAAGGGGAAUUCGCAUCAAUAUUGAAGAAAUCGAGACGGCAAUUGUCAGUUCUUCAGCCGGAGCUAUUACGCAAGCUGUCGUAUCCGUUCGUUCAAAUGCAACUGAUCAAUUUUUGGUUGCCUUUGCUAUAAUGGCCAACGCACACGAAAAUGCCCUUCAAUUUCUCGCCCGCCUUUCCCAAGAGCUGCCAUUGCCAGGUCAUAUGAAACCCGCAGCUAUCAUUCCAGUUGAAAACAUUCCCCAAAAUACUUCGGGCAAGACUGAUCGCGUCGCAGUCAGUGCACUUCCCAUUCCGUUCAUUUCCUCCCAGCUGCCGGACGACAGCACUCUCACGGCAUUUGAACAGUCAUUGCGUCAGCUCUGGCAACAAGCACUACCGCGGGAACUUGUUAGCUUCCACUCAAUUGAUUCCCAAUCUGACUUUUUCCACGUUGGUGGAAGCUCCCUCGCCCUUGUCAAUCUGCAAGCUCUAAUCAAGGAGAACUUCGGAGCGUCUAUGGCAUUAUAUCAACUUUUCGAAGCCAGCAGUCUACGUGGAAUGGCGGCCAGAAUUCAAGACAUAUCUGGUUCCGCAGUUGAGCUGGAUGUGAAUUGGGAUACGGAAGUUGAAGUCGCCUCCGACCUCGCUUCAUCGCUGAAUUAUGGUGGCACUCACAUUAUCGCCUCGGGGGUCAAGACAGUGGUGCUUACCGGGGCAACUGGUUUUCUUGGCAAAGAGAUACUCCGAGGACUCUUACAAGAUGAAAAGGUCUCGUCCGUCCAUUGUCUUGCUGUCAGAAAACGAUCCUCAGGUUUACCUGAACUAUUUUCCCAUCCGAAAGUUCAUUUGCAUUAUGGUGAUCUUGGGGCUCCUCGACUAGGACUAUCUGAAUCUGAGACAAGCUCGAUAUUUUCAUGUGCAGACAUUGUUAUUCACAAUGGCGCAGACGUGUCCUUCAUGAAAACAUAUCAGACUCUCAAGCUGAUCAAUGUUGCGUCUACGAAGGAGCUCGUCAAACUUGCAUUGCCCCGGCGUAUUCCAUUUCAUUUCGUCUCGUCAGCUGGUGUUGCACGACUUGCUGCCCAAGAAAGCUUCGGAGAGGUGUCUGUAUCGUCAUAUCCUCCUCCAUCUCGACCAACAGAUGGGUACAUCGCUGCGAAGUGGGUGAGCGAAGUCUAUCUCGAGCACGUCAACCGCCAAUUUGGUCUGCCCGUAUGGAUACAUCGCCCAUCCAGCAUCACCGGUACCGAUGCGCCGGAACUUGAUCUCAUGGGUAAUGUCAUGCGGUUCACCAAAGAAACCCAGAAAGUGCCAGACUCGAGCUCAUGGUCGGGGGUUUUCGACCUCAUUUCCGUAGAGUCGGCCGCAAGCCAGCUCCUCGAAGCCGUUCGCCAAUCCGGUGUCACCGAACUAGCAACAGAGACUGUGACUUAUCUUUAUGAAUCUGGCGAGACGAAGAUUGGACGUGAUGAGAUUAUGCCCUUGAUGGAAUUUGGCACGGGCCAGCAGUUUCAGAUUGUUUCGCUCGACGAGUGGGUGAAUGCUGCUGAACAAGCAGGAAUGAGUGUGUUGCUGGGAGAGUACUUGCGCAGGGCCUCCGAGGGGCAAGUGCUCCUUCCCAGGUUGAUUAAAACUACUGGAUCUCCCUAG